GAGUUUAGACUAGGGAAGUUUAGACCCUGCGGAAAGUUUUUGAAUAUCUAACGAUAGCCUAUCUAAAGAUCGAUAUAUCGUAAAAAAAAUCAAAUAAAUAGUCACCCAAACUUCAACCUUCGUCUAAACACAGAUAGCGGUGAUAUUUCACAUUUCUCCCUUUACAAUAUCCAAAGAAAGUCGUGCAUUGAAAGCUGUAAAGUCAGAAGUUAAAGUUUUUAAAAUAAGAUUGUCAACACGUUUCCUUCGCAAAUCACGUACAAAUAUCUUAAUUUGUUUUUUGUCCUGCUCUACCAGCUGUACGGUGUACGCCUUAUCAGUUAAUAUCACAAUCUCAUUCAUUGCGAUGGCCUUGCCUAUUUCUUCUUCUUCUUCUCCAAACGAUCAUGAUCUCAUAAAACAAUCCCUGGUUAGGGAUGAUUCAGGUUCUAAUAGUGUUCCUUCUAGGUUGGAAGAUAAUAACAAUCCUCGUUGGGGACCAUCACACAAGGGUGCUCAAGAAUUAGCACAGCUUUACACUAAAGGCAAAAGAUUCCAAGAAACCUUUUCGGUAGUUAUUGCUGUUGCAUUGAUGGUGAUAGAUCUGUGUUAUUUGAUAUAUUACUUUCAACUUCAAUCAAUUGGUGUUAUUCUACUUUCUGGCUGUGCUGGUAUACUGUCAGCAGAUUUUUCAUCUGGACUCCUUCAUUGGGCUGCAGAUACUUGGGGCUCAGUUGACCUUCCUGUCGUAGGAAAGAAUUUUAUCCGACCGUUUCGAGAGCAUCACAUCGAUCCGACAGCCAUAACUCGCCACGAUUUCAUUGAAACAAACGGCGAUAAUUUUAUGGUGAUCAUUUUGCCUUUAGGAAUUAUGGCGUCACGUUUUUCAACUUAUUCGAGCGAUCAAAUUGCCCAUUCCUAUGCAUGGUACUGGUACCUAUUUCUGUUUUCAGUUUUCGUCUGCGUGACCAAUCAGAUUCAUAAAUGGUCGCACAUGUAUACCGGGCUUCCCAAUUGGGUUCAAUGUUUACAAGAUUGUCACAUUAUUCUACCCCGCAAACAUCACCGGAAGCACCAUGAAUCGCCUCAUGAGACAUUCUUCUGCAUUACAACAGGUUGGCUGAACAGGCCUCUUGAAAUCGUGAAGUUCUGGAAAAUACUUGAAUAUUUAGUUGAAAGCGCCACUGGUCAAAAACCGCGAGCAGAUGAUUUCAAAUGGGCCGAGAAAAGAAAGUAGCGGUCUAGUUACUGCGAGGCAAAUAUUGAGUCACUCCUAUAACUAUAUUUUUGCUUUUACGUUAUGCUGCCAGGCACAGUUCAUAACAAUGGUCCUAUUUUACUUGCUCUGGAGAUUGCUUCUUAUACAGAAGUACAUAAGGCUUGUUAAUGCAAAUAUGUCAAAAUAACACUGAUUUUCUUAUGUUUGUUGUAGAAUUCAGCAUAGGAGCUCUUUGAAUUACAGUAUUAAACAGUAUGAAAUUGUCAAAAGAAGCGUAUGAAACAAACAGAAUACAUUUUUUAUUGGGU